CCUUUCCCAUGGCAUGCUGGAGCGGAGUAGAGUUGACCAUAGUUUGUAUGAAAGGUUACUACAGUGUUAGAUCACAGACACAUACUGUACAUAGUACUCACGCAAACACCCCGGGAGAGACUUGUACACGAGAAACUCCGGCGAACGAGAGACCAGGGUGUGCUCCGCUGGAAAACCUAGUGGGCGUGCACCCCUCUCUUACCGCAGCCCGGUGUGUGUGUAGGCUACUGCCGCUGCCUCUCCUGCGCUCAUUGAGAUCGCUAAUGAGAAAUUGUUUCAACCUGCUUCCCAGUUGACAGCUCACAGAGAACCCGAACUUAGCAUGGCUCAGGCAGUCACUGGUGGCUCAAUGGAGAGGGUGAUUCUGGAUGAUUGAGCGUUUUAUCCGCCAUCCCUUGGGGAGGAAUAAUACAUUCUGUUGUUGCGGCAGUGAGUGGAUCUAUUCCCUAGUAUGUAACCUGUGGUUUGGGAGAGCGCCUCCGGCAUCGUAGACGCGCGGUGGAGCGGAAUAAUCAAGGUUUGGACCGUUAUCUGAUUGACCAUCGUUAGUGCGCCGACAUGUCGAACCUGGUCAGGAGCAAGAAGGACAAAGAGAUAAUUGCAGAGUAUGAAAGCCAGGUGAAAGAUGUGCGAGCCCAGCUGGUGGAGCAGCAGCGGUGUCUGGAACAGCAGACCGAGAUGAGGGUGCAGCUGCUGCAGGACCUGCAGGACUUCUUCAGGAAGAAGGCUGAGAUCGAGACAGAGUACUCCAGGAACCUGGAGAAACUAGCUGAGAGGUUCAUGGCCAAGACACGCAGCACCAAGGACCACCAGCAGUACAAAAAGGACCAGAACUUGCUGUCUCCAGUUAACUGCUGGUACCUGCUGCUGAACCAGGUGAGGAGGGAGAGUAAGGACCACGCCACCCUCAGUGACCUCUACCUGAACAACGUCAUCACCCGCCUCACGCACAUCAGCGACGACUCCGCCCGCCUGCUUAAAAGAAGUAAAGAGAUCACCUUUCAGCUGCAGGAGGACUUGAUGAAGCUCCUUAAUGAACUCUACACCGUGAUGAAGACAUACCACAUGUACCAUGGGGAGACGCUGAACGCGGAGACCAAGCUGAGGGAUGCCGAGCGUCAGGUGGGGGUUGGCAAAGUGGGGCCUGGCGGGGGGGUGGAGCCGUUAUUCGGCAUGCGUAUAGAGGAACGCCACCAGAGACGCAACGCCGCCCGCAAGAUGGAAAAGAUGAGGGAGAAGAGGAAAGCUAAGUACUCUGAGAACAAGCUGAAGUCUCUGAAGGCCAGGAAUGAGUACCUGCUGACGAUGGAGGCCACCAACUCCUCUGUGUUCAAAUACUACAUCCACGACCUGCCCGAUAUCAUAGACUGUUGUGACCUGGGGUACCACUCCAGUCUGAGUCGUGCGUUGAAGACCUACCUGUCUGCAGAGCUGAGUCUGGAGGCCUCCAGGCGGACAGGGUUGGAAGUACUGGAGGGGGCCGUAGAGGGCCUAGAUCCUGCCCGAGACAGACAGCGCCUGCUGGGCCUCUACCCUACCGCCUUCUGCCCCCCGCCACGCUUCAGCUUCCAGCCCCACAUGGGGGACCCGGUGACCCAGAUAGCCGCCCAGCCACAGGUGCAGGCAGAGCUCACAUCUAGGCUGCAGCAGCUCCAGUCACGCCUCUCCACCCUGAAGAUAGAGAACGAGGAGGUGAAGAAGACAUGGGGGGCCACUCUCACCACCCUUCAGGACAUGACAGUGCUGGAUGACUAUGACGUUUCCCAGAGUUUCACGCACAGCCCCUCUUCAGAGUCAGUCAAGUCCAGCGUGUCGGACGGCUACCUAAACAAACCCAGCAUUGCCAAGCGCCGUGCCAACCAACAGGAGACUGAGCUCUUCUACUUCACGAAGUUCCGUGAGUAUCUGGAGGGCAGUAAUCUGAUCUCCAAGCUACAGGCCAAACACGACCUACUGAAGAAAGCCAUGGCCGAGGGGUAUAUAGCAGACACGCUGACUACCAGCCGUGGACGAAAGAACUCCCAUAGCAAACACCAGGAUUCGACUAAAGCCAUUCCUCUGCUGGUGGAGAGCUGCAUCCGUUACAUCAACCUCCAUGGUCUUCAGCACCAGGGCAUAUUUCGUGUGUCGGGGUCGCAGGUGGAGGUCAAUGACAUCAAGAACUCAUUUGAGAGAGGUAAUGACCCCCUGAUUGAUGAGGAGAAUAACCAUGACAUCAACUCGGUGGCCGGUGUACUGAAGCUCUACUUCCGGGGGCUGGAGAACCCCCUCUUUCCCAAGGAAAGGUUCAAUGACCUAAUUUCCUGUGUCCGUAUAGAGAGCCUGUAUGACAGAGCUCAGUAUAUUCGUAAGAUUCUACUGGGUGUUCCACGGGCGACUCUGGUCGUGAUGAGAUACCUGUUCGCCUUCCUGAACCACUUAUCCCAGUACAGCGAUGAGAACAUGAUGGAUGCUGGGAACCUGGCUAUCGUCUUCGGCCCCACCCUGCUGCCCACGCCCGACGCCCUGGACCAGGUGGCCUGCCAGGCGCAUGUUAAUGAGGUCAUCAAGACGGUCAUCCUGCACCACGACAUCUUCCCCGACCCCCCGGAGCUGCCUGGGCCCGUCUAUGAGAAGUGCAUGACUGGAGACCAGUACUGCGAGAGUCCGUUCAGCGAGCCGGGUGGGGAGGCGGAGCCCGACGGCGGCACAGAGACUCAGACCAGUGAGGAGGAGGGGGAAGCAGUUGAAGCGGUGGCCAGGUUUGACUAUACAGGCCGGUCAGGGCGGGAGCUCUCCUUUAAGAAGGGAGUGACCCUGCAGCUGUUCCAGCGUGCGUCACAUGACUGGUGGGAGGGGCGACUCAACGGCACCCAUGGCCUGGUGCCUCACCAGUACAUAACACUGAAGGACAGGCCUGACUCUGCAUCGACAGUGGACAGCGACAGUGGGAGCACUAGCAAUGACGACAAGAAAGCCAGAAGUGAGCUGAGCUCUCCUACUGACAGACAGCCAGAAACCUACAACAGCAGCCACCGCAGGAAGCGGACUGACAUUUUCCGCCGCCCCCUCGGUCGCUCUAAAGACCAUGGUAACGUGGGUGUGUUGGAGAGGAACUCGCCGCCCGUCACUGGUCACUUCAGCCCGCGGGAGCUCCUUCUGGGGCGGGGCACUGGCUUAACCCCGCCUCUCGACAGCCCCGAGCGUCGUCGCCGUUCCACUGCCGCGGUAACAGUUACCGUGAGCCGCCACGAUUCUCUGCGUCGGCCUGAAGACACGCCCAUCCGGCGCUCCAGCAGCGGGCAACACGGCUUCAGCUCCAGAACCCUGGACCCAGACACACUGGCACAGGACAUAGAGGAGAGUGUGAGUGUGGCUCUGGGGCAGCUGAAGCAGAUGGAGCGUGGGGGCUGCAGACCGGCUCCUGACGUGGUCCUGGACACUCUGGAGCAGGUUAAGAACAGCCCAAUCACAGCCUGCUCCUCUGAGUCACCCAGCCCCCACAGCACCCCCUCCACCCCAGGGACUCCUGGUACACCAAGUCCCCUCAGCCCUCUGAGCCCCCUCAUUCCCCUCCCUGGCCCCCCUCCCGCACCACUCCGAUCCACCAACCCCUCCCCCGACACCCUGGGCUCCUUCAAGCCCGUUUUGGGGACUCCACUCCGUAUGGGGGCUCCACUUCGCCCCCCAGCCCUGAGGCCCAAACCCCUGGUGCCCCCCAAGAGCAACACCCCCCCUCUGCCCCCGCUGCUGGACAAGUCCUGCACCAUGUGAUGAGCCAAACCAGGCCAACCCGGGCCAAAAUAAAGAAUAGGAGAACAGGGUACCUGCUUACUGUUUAGAAACCUGAACAUGGGUAGAAAGCGGUAGGACAGAUCUGAAACUAAAAGGGUUUUAUGUAGUAAUACAAAAUAAUACAUGAUAUACCAUGAUAUUUAUGUGUGUUGUCAGGUUGGUGUGUACUCUUGUUGGUGUAUAGGAGUUAACUUUCUCCAUGUAUCGAAGCAUUUAUCAAAGGGUAGCUAUGUAAAAUGGGACUGCUGAAUGGGAGAAGUACAAGAAAAAAAGUAUAAGCUAAAGAAAGCAGAACCCUAUCCUGUAAAAGAGAUGUAGUCACAGAUGUGUGGGAAGUGUAGUUCUCCAGUGAAAUGUAGUUUCAGUGACGUGAACGUUGAUUAUGUAAUGACAAUAGGCUCUUCAGCUAAUGAAGGUCUAUCACCAAAAGGCUGCUGUAUUCUUAGUGUAGUUCAAUUGGCUGCUGUAUCUACAAGUGAUUUUCAUUGGCGAAGCAAAAAGAAAGGGACAAUGCGGAGUGAGGAGGUGCCUGAUGGGUAAAGGGAGGCUCACACAGUGUGGAAACAAGGGAGGAUGUCUGAUCUUUUUUAUUUCACUUGGUUCCGCUGCUAAGCUCACUAAUGCCUCAACCAAAGCCUCUCGAGGCAUUGGUGACAAAACUCACAUUCUAUUUAACCAAUGUUCAGCUAUUUUAAUGAAUGUUCCAGUGUUUAAUUACGACUGUUCAGCUCUCUAUUGAAUGUUCAGUGGGCACUAAUGUCACAGGGCCGGCGGUGGCGUUAACCCUCACUACUAGAAAACAGCCUUCUCUUGUGUUCGACCGAUACACACACUCAGGCCAGGGGAAAUCAUUUGGAGGUACAGUGGGUUAGGAGUUUGUAGAGUUCGUUUCCCUCAGCCUGGGUAUGUGUGAUUUCUUUCCCCCUUGCCCUGUUUGUGUGUUUCCUCUGCCUGCCCUCGUUCUGUUCCUUUGUAAGUGCGAUGGUGAAUAAAAUGGAUUAUUCAUGUCUGCCUUUAGUACCAGAACAUGUGCAGGACAGGGGUGCGUGUGUGCUGGCACUUAGUUUGUGUGGGAAUAUAGUGUGUCUGUUUGUUACACUGAAGUCACUAAAUAACCUUAAGUUCACAGUAAGCAAACCGGGUGGGGCUCUUGGGUGUAAAUGCCCAAAAUACACUUGAACAACGGCACACUGAAUGUGUCCUUUACUGGGUUGGGAACUAUUGUGUGUGUGUGUUUGAGGAGUCCUGGGGAUGUGUGUCUCCAAGAAUGGGCUAUGGGUGUGCAUUGGUUUGUGUGUGUCAAUGUGAAAGUGCCUUUUUUUACCCGUCUUUGUGGGGAGUUGUAAUCCACUCACGCAUGUCCUGAACGAAGAGCAGCAGCACUUAGAAUGAAAUAAUCAAAAUGUUUUAGUAGAAGACUGAAUUAUGAAUCCUAGAGUUAAUCUAUUGUGACAUUGCACUUUGAUGUAUAGGGAAAAUUGUGUACUUGGCAUGUAACAUGUGAACAGGUGCAUUUUAAGGGAUGUUGGCUUCUCUCUGAAUGUGUCUGAUAAUUAAAGGAAAUGGUUUUGUCUGUUAGUGUUGCUGUAUCUGAAACUCCUGAGCUUCCUAAAGAUGAGCUCUUAUAGCCAAAUGCAUAGUAUCGAUGUUGUAUUUAUAUUAUAAAUAAAAAAAGGGAAGAAAUUAACAAGUG